ACAACAAAAAUUCCACGAAUCAUACAUCAAACAUACAAGUCAGCGAAUAUCCCUUCGAAUUGGAUAGAGACCUCAGAGUCAUGCAAGGAAAUGAAUCCCUCCUAUACCCACUUCUUGUGGACCGAUAUAACAGCUAGGGAAUUCAUAUAUCGCAACUAUCCGUGGUUCCUACCUAUAUACGACAGUUAUCCCUACCCAAUACAGCGGGCUGAUGCCAUUCGCUAUCUCGUCCUUCAGCAUUUUGGAGGAGUAUAUAUCGACCUAGAUGUUGGAUGCCGCCGUUGCCUGGAUCCCCUCCUAAAUUCAUCGAUAUGGUUUCCCCAGACUCGACCAUAUGGAGUCAGCAAUGAUGUGAUGGCGAGCAUACCCGGGCACCCGUUAAUGAUGAAGCUUGUGCUGGAUCUAGUUGACAGACAUGUCUCAUAUCUGCCUCCUUAUCUGGCGGUCUUCUGGACGACGGGGCCCUUGUACGUGAACGAUAUUUUGGCGUCAUGGCUUCAAUAUAUUAGCAUUGGUAUGAAUGCCGACGUUACCGACCAUUCCAUCAACAUCUUUCCUUUGAAACAGGCCCGAGACUCCGACUUGGUUAUUCUGCCCCCAGAAUUCUACGAUCGCACGGAGUACUCCUUCUUUAGGCACGUGCCAGGCUCAUCAUGGCAUGGCCCCGAUGCUGUUCUGAUGAAAUGGAUAUUUCGGCAUUUGGGCAAGCUUAGUUUACUAUUACUGUCUCUG